CUGAAGCUAAAAUUGAAACAGAAAAUGACGAACAUCCCUUCAACACCUCUGCAUCAGUCCACCGUUUGUUGUUCAUCGGCGACCAAAAGUACCGACGCAAAAACAAUGACACAGGAUUGCGGUGCAAAAACUCAAGCUUCAGUCUCCAAAAUAAGAAAGAAGAGGAGGUGGGAUCAACCUGACGAGUCUUUAGUCUCUUGCGGAGCUGUUUUAUCUGGAAUGCUACCUAUGAGCACUGUAGGAUGCUCUGGUAUUUCUCUACCAGGGGCAGUUUCAGGUUCUUGUACUCCUUCAACAAGCUCCAUGAAAGUUGGCUGUGUCAAUAUCCAGGCCUCAGUAGUGCAGCACCACGCUGCUGCACUGGUCCAUAGACUAACUCAGCCAAAGAUUCAGGAAGAUCUCAUAAUAGCAAGAGAAAUAGUUAUAAAUGAUGCAGAUUCAGCUAUGCGUUACAAGUUGACAAAACGCCAGACACAGGAAGAGAUCCAGAAGUCCAGUGGUGCAGUUGUAAUAACUAGGGGAAAAUAUCGACCAACCAAUGCAGUACCAGAUGGUGAAAAACCACUUUACCUUCACAUAUCUGCUGGAGCUCAUUUGAAAGAGACAGCAGAAAGGAUCCUUGCAGUAGAUCGCGCAGCUGCCAUGGUUGAGGAUAUGCUGAAACAGGUUUCUCAACCAUUGAGCACAUGUAUCUAUUUGGGCUUUGAUGCAGAUCCAUCACUGAACAUUGUUGCUAGGAUACGUGGUCCAAAUGACCAGUAUAUAAAUCACAUUAUGAAUGAAACAGGAGCGACGAUUGUAUUACAUGGGCGUGGUUCAGGGCAUCUUGGUGUCAUUCAGGAUGAAGAGGGACAACAACCUUUAUAUUUGUUGUUGUCAAGUAAUAAUCAAAAGAGCCUUGACGAUGCAAAGCUUUUGGCUGAAAAUCUUUUGGACACAAUCAGUCGAGAGUGUGGUGCAAACAGGGUCUCAUCGUGCAAAGUUUAUGGUGCUGUUCCACCCCCACAACAAUUGCUGGUCGGUGUUCAGAGUCCAGGGACAGAAAUGCAUGCAAACUUGAGUUCUGCUGCAAGUAUGGCUUGUUCAGCUGCAACUUCGAUUCCAGAUGGACUUGUUGCUUCAGUUGUGGGUCCGGUGGUCCCAACAACAUUUUCGUACGGGCAGGUAAUCCAACCUGGAUUAUUGCUUCCUCCUGGUCCUGCCCAGAAAAACGGGCUUCACUAUUCUCAGCCUUCGUUGACUGCCUGUACUAGUUACAGUGCAUAUGCUGGAAUAUAUCCGCAGGCUACAUGUUCGCAGCAAGUAGCAUUAGCUCUUAGACAGUCAAGUCCAGUCUCUUCUACAGUUCAUCCUGCAACAUCAGCUACCAUGGUGAUGCCAAAAAGCUCAUUUGAGUCAGAAAAGCGGAAGCGGAAAUUCCAAGAGUCACCUGCAGCUUUUAAGGGAGUUGCAGUAUCCCAACAGGAAUCAGAUCUCCGGGACCCAUGUAUGGAGAAGAAGAAAAAAGACACGACUAUGCCACCUCCCUCUUUGAAGAACAUGCUUCCUCCUCCUCCUCCAAGGAAUAAUUCAACAAUUUCCCUGAAUUCAAGAAGCAUGCCCCAUCCACCAAAGAGCAUGCUGCCAUCACCCUCUCCAUCAAAGAGUAUGCACCCACUACCACCUUCAUCAAACAGCAUGCAUCCACCGUUGCCUAAGUUUGAUUCCUCAGUCUCUGUCAAUAGAGGAAACGACAGGGACAACAUUGCUAAGAGAUCAAGUCUCCCCACGGUCUCAGUUGUUUCAGAUACUUUGGUAAAGCUAAUGGAAUAUGGGGAUGAUGAUGAUGAUGUUGAGGAAAGUGAGAACGAAAUAUCUAAUAAUAGUGCCAAUCGAGUUGCUACUUCGAAGCCAUUCUGGGCAGUGUGAAAUGAUGUCUGAUGCACAGCAAAACUGAUGAAUUAAUUCGUUAAUAUCCAACCCGCGUGAAUCAAAGAUGGGCUGUGGUGACAGUUACCACUCAGUUAAUGUCAUGAUGAAUCAACUCAUAUUCCAAGAUCAUUGUGGAUUUCAGAGUUUGGAAGCUUUCACUCUGCCUUGCUAGUCAUGGUGUGCAGGUUAUUUCAAUUUUGUACUAAUUAGUUUUGGUUUACGCUGAAUCACCAGAGGGAAUCAAUCUUUCCCUUUCAGCAUUUAUCCGUCGGAGAAAGGGAAACAUGCAAAUUGUAAUGUCACAUUUUAAUGAAAAGUUCGGCUAGCUUCCAGUA